AUGUGUAUGAAUGAUUUAUUACCAUUAUCAAAAUCAUUUUUGGAUGACACAUAUUUAACAUUGACACAGUCAACAUUAUUUAUUAAUUUAACAACAACUACAAAUGGUUCGACAUUAUCGACAACAAAAACUUCAUCAUUCUCGGAUGAUAUAUAUCGAUAUAUAGCAGAAAUAAUUAUCUAUAAAUAUGUUUGUAUGACAAUAUUUGUCAUUGGUAUGAUUGGUAAUGGUCUAAGUGUUAUUGUAUUUAGUCGAAAAGUAUUACGACGACGAUCGUGUGCUAUUUAUUUUCUUGCUUUGGCUGUAACAGAUUUAUUAAAUUUAUCUUUUUCAUUAAUUGAUACUGUGUUACCAUCUUAUAAUUUUAGUAUUACUGCUAAAUCAUUAGUUAUAUGUAAAUUAAACGCAUUUAUGGUUUAUUUUACAUCAGAUUAUUCAAAUUAUUUAUUAGCUGUAGCUAGUAUUGAUCGAGCUGUUAGUAUACAAUGUCCAUUAAAAGCAAAAACAUUUUGUAGAGCAAAAGUGGCCAUUUAUAUUAUUAUUACUUUAGGUAUGUUAUUAUUAUUAAUUAAUAUUCAUUUAUUAAUUGGUUUUGAAAUUGUUCAUUCACCGAUUGGUCAAUCUGGAUGUACAGCAACUGAAGGAAGCUUUUUUGGUUUUUCAUCUUCAACACUAUCAUUAUCGGAAGAAAAUGAACAAAUAACGACAAAUACUGAUCUAAUAUCGUCAUCAAUUGAAACAACGAUGAGUAUGAAAAAAAUAAACGGUAAUAUUACGAUUAUAACUAAUAAACAAUCACCACCGCCUUUAAAUUAUCGUCGUUUUUAUGAAAUUUAUGAUUCAUUAGAUAUUUUACGUGCCGUUGUCAUUCCAUUUUUAAUUAUGGUCGUUUGUAAUAUAUUAAUUAUUAUUCGUGUACUAGAAUCAAGACGUUCCAUUACAACAAUAAUAACAUCAACAUUAAAUAAUAAAAAUAAAUUUCGAAAACGACACGAAAAAGAUCGUCAACUAACAAUCAUGUUAUUGGGCAGUGCAUUGGCAUUUCUCGUGUUAACAUUGCCCACUGAAAUCAAUGAUACUGUUCGCGCAUUCCGUUCAUCAACAUCAUCGUCAAUAUUAAAUCAACAAAAGGGUAUUGAACCAUUAAUAACAGCCAUAUUUAUAACAUUAGGUCAAUUAAAUCAUGCCAUUCAUUUUUAUAUUUACACAUUAACUGGUAGUGUAUUUCGAGAUGAAUUAUUAAAACUAAUCAAAUGUGUUAAUUGUCAACUAUUUGGAUGUGAAUGCGGCGGCGAAAAUCAACAACAUCAUUCGUUAUUAAAACUAGCAACAAAUAACAAAAGAUCAUCAUUGAUCACUACAGUGAAUAAUAAUAUCUAUGUUAAUGAUAAAAUGACACAAAUUGGUUUACUUACAGAAAUAGCCAGUCCAAAUGAAAAUGAAUUUUAA